AUUGAAAGGUUGACAACACUGUUUGGAGUACGUGCGAGCAACAAUUUGUCAUCAAUCACAUUUGUUUAUUAUAGUUUGUCGUAAAACCUUAUUUGCCACAAUGAAAGUAUCUAUUUUUGGUGAACUCAACACGUUUGAACUGUUCGUCCUGAGCAGCUUAUUGCCAGCCGUCUUCGUGUUCCUGUGGACAUUAAUAACUGGGGACAUUAAGAACUUCAAGGGCAGCAAGCUGGCCUACUCCGAUUUCACCGCGCAGGAUCCUGUCAACUGCUACCAGAAUUACGGCGAAAAGAAACAAAAGGAUACUUAAGGAUCACAUCACACAAUUAAAGACUACCCAAACAGAAUUACAUACAUAAUGUAUUAAAAUUUAAAAAAAAUAGCUUGCGGAUCUGGAGAACAACAAUAAAGUUGAGAUUCUCUUUUGAGAGGAAUAUUUAAA